CAGUUGCUGCAUAUUGUAAAGAGCGCACGAUGUGGGAGUGGCGACUGUGCGGCCACUUGAAUGAAACCACACAGGAACUGCUGGAUACACUGGCCAUCACGUUGGGGGCGUUGAAAGUCAGUCACGCGUUGAUGCCCGAGCGCCGCGCCGACCUCUUCAUCGUGUUGCCCACGCCAAACAUCGGCAUCAAGUUUCGCAACCUCGCGUCGUCGGCGCCGCCAAUGUUGGAGAUCAAAUGCGCCAAGGAAAUCGAUGGCACAUGUGGGGCGCAACAAUGGCUCAAGAAGCGCGUGCACGUGCCGGAGGACCUUGACGUGGACGACGAUGAUGCUGUGAAACAAGCCAUCGUGGGAAGUGGUGUCGAAGAGCUUGAGCAAGUGGAGAUCAAGUUUCCAUUGCAGCGAUUGCGCUUGGAGAAAGAGCGGCAGCAGUGGCGCCUUGUCACCCCGACAAAGCCCGUCCAGGUCGAGAUCACGUUGCUGGCCACCUCCAUGAAUAAAGCAACGACGAAAGGGUCUUACUUUACCAUCUGCGUUGAAUCCAAGAGUGCCGACGCCCUCGUGGAAUGCCUCGUCAAGCUCGCUGUUGGAGAGGUAUUUGAGCCGCAUGCGAUCCAGAACAUUUACGUCAUGGACACGAUCCACGUCAAGCACCCGGUGGCACCAACAAGUCCGUCCAAGGCAGACGUGGCCACGAUGGUGCCGCCGAGCCAAGGCCCUGUCGAUACCAACGGACCCAACGCGCCGAGUCCACUCAAGCGCAAGAUUGCCGCGGAAGGGUCGCGCCUCCGCCUCAUCGAGAUGGGGUACCCUGCGCUCGGAUGCCAUCUCGUCCAGGCGUCCAUCUCGAUGCACAGCAAAGAAAAAGUUGCGCACACUGGUGGCGCCCACCGUUCGAUUCACGACAACGCAUGGUCGAUUAAUCAUUAAUAUACAAACGCGUCCCGGUCGGA